UUCUAUGUUAAUACACUGGCUGACACAACACCGGGGUGCCUUAAGACAGCGUCUCAGAGCCGCUUCCUCAUAUGUGGCUUUCACUUCUCACACAUCCGUGUCUUAACCUGAAACUCUUCACACAGAGAGUAGGACCAAAACUUCCAUCAUUGCACCUGCUCGACCAAAGUUCUCCAAGAUAUUUUCCCAGAACAAGUAGCAAUCUGAAGCAUUUGUUGCGUAGAUGACGGCGUGUGGAGCUUCGUGAGAAUAGGAAGAACUGUAGUAAGAAGACGGGAUGAGUUGAGUGAUUUGGGCUCGUGUGAACAGAACUGUUGACAUCACCUUGAACUGGUGGCGUCGUGCUGGGUCCGCCGCCAUAGCGAUGAAGCCAACAUGACUUGGUUUUCUCAAGCAACACAGGGUUAUAUAUGGAUUGUGUAUUGUAUUGUAGGCUGAUGUUCUUUGGAUAUUUUUCACCCAGAAAAAAACAAUCCAAGCUGCAGAAAAAGUGUUGUCUAAAUAGGAGGGAUUCCGUGACGAGAGUUUGGGCUGACAAAAUUCAUUUGUUCGGACUUAUGUUUAGUCAAAGUGAAAGCGACGAUGAGAGAGUAUUGGUGUGUAAACAACCGGAAAUGCGGAUAUUUCUCAAACAGUCCGAAAAUACUGGCCAGAGUACUACUGUGUCUAGAUGCUACAAAGCUUUCUAAUUUAGUACUGUUUAGUGUGAUAUGAGGACAGCGACCGAAUCUGAUGUAAGCUAGUGAAUCGGUGUAAGUCACACCUAUGUCCGGAUAAUAAACCCUCGAUUGGUACGAGCCAACUAUUAAGACAUCGUGUAAAACGCAGUCAUACCAUUGUUCGGAUGACAACCGCCCUAUCAGCAUCUCCUCAGGAUUAACACCCUCUCACGCACUGUUCUCCAGUGCCCAUAUGGUGUCGCAAGAAUUUUCAGGACAUUCUGAGGGAAAACACAAGGAACGAGCAAAACAAUUUAUGAUGCCUUCCGCCCAGGUGCUGUGGGCCAGGUGUUCUCGCUACUCAUCCAUCAUGCUGAGAGGGAGCCGGAUAAUCUGGCCUUAAGCACGAUCGUGGCGUGAGUGAUAGUUCCUGUGAUAUCCACACUACCUUAGCCUGUUGAAUGAAGACUAGAUUGAGUUUUGUACUAUUAGGAAUUCCAUGUACGUACAGGACACUAUUGUUUUGAUUGGCUAAGUUAUUAAGUCGCUGUUCGCGCAGACUAAUUGGACACGCGGCGCGUGUUUGGAUUGGUGCUCAGUCAGUGUGCCCGAGGAGAGCUAGGGAAACAUCAGAGAGGGAUAUUCGAUAUCUUCUUGUCGUCACAGACAUCUGAUCUCCGUGUUUAGAUAGUGUCAUGGAAUUCUUCUAAACACCUGGAUCUCUUCGGGGAAUUCUCUCCGCAUUCACCUUAACCUCUGAUCGUCACGUGACCAGAUCCCGAUAAGAUGGACGGAGGCUGUAUUACUUCGACCAAUACGUCCAAUUGCUCAGACGUCUUGCAGGAUUUCCAGGUUGGCAUGUCAUGGGCCUUAUGGACAAAACAAGUGCUCACCCCGAUCAUUGUGGCAGCAGGAAUUGUGGGUAAUAUCCUUAGUUUCAUUGUCAUGAGUUCGCGACCAUUACGUCACAAGUCGUACAGCUUCUAUCUGCGAGCUUUGGCUGUGUUUGACAGUUUAACAUUGAUCAGCAGGGAGGUUUUGGCAGUAGAGGAGAUUCAUAUUUCCUAUGGCAAGCCGAGCAUUUACAGUAAUUUUGGAGAUAUAUCUUGUAAAACCAUGCGAUUUGCAGAAAGUGUAAGCUGUUUAAUGUCUUCUUGGCUGGUGGCGUUUAUGGCCGUGGAGCGUUUUGUAGCCAUCUACUUUCCAUUGCGGAAGACUUUCUACUGCACGCGAAAGAGAGCUCUCGUCGCCAUUGUGUGCUUGUUUAAUGCACUGUGUUGCUGUCAAUUCUACAAUCUGGUGAUGUUUGAGCACGCGCGAGGCCAUUGUACUGUCAAACGAGAGUACUUCAUGCUGUACCUGAACAUCUACACCUACUUGUACUUAUUGGUGAUGAUUCUCCUUUUGCCGGUCAUGUUGAUAGUGUUCUGCAACGGAAUGGUUGUGUGUAAACUCUUCCGCUACAGACAAAUCCCGUGCAAUCACGCAGACAGCGAGAGCGAGAAGACAGCAUGGGUGACACAACGACGUCACAAGACUACGUAUAUGCUGAUCACGAUUACGUCAGCGUACAUCGUCACCGUUCUGCCAAUCACGCUGUGCUCCGUCAUCAUACAGGUGACGAUAGAGUCAAAGCCUCGUGCAGAAGCGGAGCGCAUAUUUAUGGCGUUUGAACCUUACAAACACCUUCUCGAAAUUUGGUCAGCAUUGAACUACAGCGUCAACUUCUUCAUUUACAUCGUCUCGGGGAAAAUGUUUCGGCGAGAACUCAAACAUGUUCUGACCAGGCGAACGUCUGGUAACGGCAGUGGCGUAAAGACAAGAUCAACGCAUCUAAAGGAAGAAAUUCAGUUGACAUAGUGAAUACUAGAGGAGAUAUUUGUAGUAUUUUGUGGUAAAUUUGUUAUCCAUCAUGACUACCAACACGAGGGGUAAUUUAACGACAUGUUUUCGGUCUACUAUUUGGUCAACAAGGGUGUAAACAGUUUCUGAACUUUGCCGAGAUACAAGUUCAAAACCUACAAGUGAUUCCCAAAAAUUUAAACUAAUCCUGAAAACUUCCAAAAGGUAUCUUGUGGUGGAAUCCAGCAUGGCGUGCUCAGGUAGAUGCGUGCCAAUGGCGUCACGGGCCUAACCUGUGUAUGUCUCAGUGUGUCAUGUGUCCAAUACGACAUAAAGCACAUGUCUGUGGAGAAUCUAGCUUAGUUAUAACGAGCAACCCAUGUGUGAAUAACCCUGUUAAAAUGACCUUGCUGGGUCUCGUUUGGAACAUGAAUAUUUGACAGUAAACAGCGACGCCACUCGGCAUUAAGGUCAUGUCUUACCCUGUCAUCGACUGAAGAGGGUUAAAACAGUAUCAGCGAUAGACUCAGCACGAAUCAGGGGAUAUACAUGGCACUGUUUCUUCAGUAACAGGCCACAAAUUGUUCGAAACCAGAACAGAGGUGUUUGUGCUUAACAAUUACCAGUCCAACAAUAGCUUGUAUUUUAGUGACGUAAACUCGAAUUGAAUUAUUUGCCUCCCUGUUGUAAAAUUUAAACGAUUUGCAGUGGUGAUAAGUGUAUUUGAUAAAUAAACACACCACAUUUAUAGUCUGUCUGAUAUCUGCCGUCAUACUACUUGUAAAUGUAUAAUGAUCAAACAAGGAUGCAUUAGACACUG